AUGGUCCAAGUCAAGCUCACUGCUGACCUCUUCGCUGCCAUGUUCAUCCUCCCCUUCGCCAUCAUCGGAGCUCCUGCUCAUAACUUUUACGAUCGUGAAGACCUCGAUUCCAGCCAUGUUCGCCGUGCUUGGUUGACCAGAUAUGAUGUCUCUGGGUGCACCAUCUGGCACCACCCCAUGCCAGAUCCUUGUCAUCUAUGGGCGAAUUGCGGUUGCACUGGCGUGGGCCUCUUCAGUUGCCACGACCAAGUGAAGGUCAAGAACUGCAAACAUACAAGGGGGUGUGGGUGCGUGGCGCUAAUACCUCCAUGA